GUAUGACUAUAAAUAGAAGGCUUCAUUAGUGACAACUCACAGGGAAGAAAGCAUUACAGAAAUCAAACAUGACAAAGUGUUUAUUCCUUUUAGCUCUGUGUCUGCUUCCCUUUGUGGCUCUUUCAUCAACUUUCAGCUCCCAUAAUCCCAUUGAGUUACCCACUGCUACUGUUUCCCCUAAGUUCCUUGACUUACACAAGGCUAAAUCUACUUCUACCUUGUCUGAUGAUCCGGUAGUACAUACCAUUCUGUAUAGCCCAGUUACUCCUGAUGAAACUUACCGCAUGGGUAACACUGAUGGGGGUGUCCUAGGUGGUUAUAUUUAUCUAGGUAAAGCCCCAAAUUCAGAUUCCCCUUGUCCAGACGCGCCUUUCAAGUACAACGGCGAAGGCGGAACUUCACAUAGUGCUAUCAGACUCAUUCCGUAUAAAAAUAUUGGGAAACCACCUAGCAUCCAUGAAAACCAAGACUUUAACAUCCAGUUCACUGAGUACAAUUCUGGUUGUUCGAAUUAUACAACUUGGAAAGUAGAAGAGCAACACGGUGCUACUAUAAAAGGGGUUAGUUUGGUGUCGACUAAGGGAGGAACCAUAGGACAAGUAGAUAGCAGUUGGUUCAGGUUAAAGAGUUACUCGUCCGAAUACGCAACUGGUUACCAGUUGUUGUGGUGCCCUGGUCCUAUUCUUUGUCCAGCUUGCACUUCUGACGUCUGUCAUUUAGCGUGGAUGGUUUUAGUAGAAGGAAUGAGGAUGCAGAUAGCAGGUGUUGUGACUACUGAUGUUACUGCAGACUAUUACCCUCUUGUUGUGGGUUUCGAGAACCCAUAAUAAAUCUGCUAGCUGCAGCCACUAUGUUACUUUCCACCAUCUUAAUUAAUAAUUUGUUUGCUUUCUAAAUAAACCCUCUGCUAAGUAUAUCUUAGCAUGCCAAUGUUGUGUACCUUGUCGAAUUGAUUAUUUCAGUUGGAGUGUUUGUAUUUAAGUGCUUUUAAACCUAUGAAUAGUAAUGCUUCGUUCCCCAGUAA